UAAUGUUAGUUUUCCUCCUGGUCUAUAGUGAUUCGAUACUAAGACACGCAUCUAGUGAUUUUAAGAAGAUGGGCCAGCGGAUAUUUGUAUUUAUUGUUGGUGGAGCUACUAGAUCUGAGCUUAGGGUUUGCCACAAGCUUACAACUAAAUUGAAGAGGGAAGUUGUUCUAGGCUCAUCAAGUCUUGAUGAUCCUCCACAAUUUAUUACGAAAUUGAAGAUGUUGACAGCACAUGAACUCUCCAUCGAUGAUCUCCAGAUAUAAUGCCAGUGGCUUAGGAGGAAUGGAACGUGCUUCGCUUCAGUCUCGAAUCCAAUUUGUUUCAGUGACAAUGCCGUCAUUGAGAUCCAUUUUUUAACAUACAAUAUAAAACUUUUGCCUUUCUCGUUGUCGCAGUGGUGCUGUAUCUAGGAUUUUUUUCAGAUGAGAGCAUUCUGCCUAGACUAGGUUCUUGCCUUCCGGCAUUGUAUUGUGAUAAACGUGUUGGAGCCUUCCCACGUGUGUAUAAUGUUAGUUUUAAAUCAUGGUAAGAAUUAAUUGAGUCUUGUAAAUGGAAUUGAUUAAGCCCGACAACAAAAAUCUAUAAUCCUGUAUAAAUUUAAAACUGCUCUUUCGAGUUCA